GCCGCGGCUCUAAAGGCGCUGGGCUGUGUGUAGGCAGCAGCGCCAGAGGAGGAGGAGCACGAGGAUGCAGCUGUGACCGUGGACCCAGAGGGAGCGCCACCGCUGCUCUGUGACCGCGGGGUCUGAGGGACUGGCAUCAGGCCUGGGGGUCCCGUCGCUGAGCGGAGCGGCGGCGGCGGUCCCGCCCGAGCUUGGGCCUAGCACUCUGGGAGGGUCCGGGCCACUGGGCGAGGGCCUCCCGUCUUUGGCUUCCCUCACCCUACCAAGUCGAUGGUGGUGAAGUUGGCGGCGCUAGGGAGCGCAAGGCACCAGACUCCUCUUGGUGGGCUUCUCUGGCCCGCGCUCACCGACAUCUGCGCCGCCGCCUCCUCUCGUCCGCUAAGACCACCCCUGGCGGCGGGCGGGGGAGGUGCUCCCCCUGCUGGGGCUGAGUCCAAGAGGGCCACGACGGGGACCAUAGAAGAGUUGGGAUUCUGGAUUCUUGGACAUUUCUGCCUCAACAACAGAGAAUAAAAUCCAUGAUGUGAUGGAUAAGCUACAGAAGAAAGAAAUACAGAUGUGGACCACAGGCCUUCAAAAAAUAUUGAGUUUGCUGAGGAGCUGUGCCAGAAGUUGGAAAUAUCUAAGUUGUUAAGAAACCCACUAUGGAAUAAAGCAAUACUGCUUCUCAAUUACCCAUGCUGCAUGAAGCAAGCAUUCUGCUCUUUUGGAGAUUGUGAAGAUUACCAGCUUCCAACAGCUACAAGAAAAGAGACAGGGUAUAAGAAUUUCUACUCCAAAGCAUCCCAUCCCAUAAGUGUGAAAGGAAGUUUGACAAGGAGUAUGGACUGCAGUGACCCAUGGGAACUGUGUCCGUAUCUAGCUUCUCAACCUGAGCUUUUGUAUUCCUGGAGAAGUUUACCCUAAGGAUGUUCUGAACGACAGUAGAGGUACUGGUAACAUCUGAACAUACCAAACCAAACAGACAAACUCUUGCACCACCACUACCACCACACUGUACCACAAAGAAAUGCCACUAUACAUGGUUUCCAAGCAGUCUAAAAAUAAAAAGAGUUGAUUAGAUCUCAGACCUUCUAAACGGGAUGACGGCCACUGCUGCAGUGGAAACACCAAAAAUGAAGAAGAGUGCCUCCAAAGAAGAGAAGCAGCCACCUAACCAAGACAGCACAGAACAGGGCAAUGCUGAUUCUGAAGAGUGGAUGAGCUCUGAAAGCGACCCUGAACAGAUGAGCCUUAAGAACAGCAAUAGCAGUGACAAUAGCUGUCAACCUGGAGUUGUUCAGUUGAAGAAAAAGGAGAUUCCCUCCAAGCCACACCGCCAGCUCUGUAGAUCACCCUGCCUAGAUUGCCCAAGCUUCUCCCAGAGCAGCAUUCUACAGGAUGGGAAGAUUGACUUGGAAAAAGAAUACCAAGCCAAGGUGGAUUUUGCUCUAAAGCUGGGCUAUGCGGAGGAACAGAUUCAAUCAGUGCUGAACAAGCUGGGCCCAGAAUCACUUAUUAAUGAUGUAUUGGCAGAGCUUGUCAGACUUGGGAACAAAGGUGAUUCGGAAGGACAGGUCAACUUGAGUCUGUUAGUGCCUCGGGGGCCCAGCUCCAGAGAGAUUGCAAGCCCUGAACUGUCUCUUGAAAUUGACAUAGACAGCAGUGACAAUUUGAGGCCAAUUGUCAUUGAUGGAAGUAAUGUGGCAAUGAGCCAUGGGAAUAAAGAAGAGUUCUCUUGCAGAGGAAUACAACUAGCUGUGGAUUGGUUUCUAGAUAAAGGCCAUAAAGAUAUUACUGUAUUUGUGCCUGCAUGGAGAAAGGAGCAAUCCCGACCUGAUGCACCAAUUUCAGAUCAAGAUAUCCUACGAAAACUGGAGAAGGAGAAGAUUCUUGUCUUCACACCAUCCCGAAGGGUCCAAGGCAGGAGAGUUGUCUGCUACGAUGACCGAUUCAUAGUCAAACUGGCUUUUGAUUCCGAUGGCAUCAUUGUAUCCAAUGAUAACUAUCGAGACCUUCAAGUUGAAAAGCCAGAAUGGAAGAAGUUUAUAGAAGAGCGAUUGCUGAUGUAUUCUUUUGUGAAUGACAAAUUUAUGCCUCCAGAUGAUCCUUUAGGGCGCCAUGGCCCAAGCCUUGAAAAUUUCUUAAGAAAGAGACCUGUUGUUCCUGAACACAAGAAGCAACCAUGCCCUUAUGGCAAAAAAUGCACCUACGGCCACAAGUGCAAAUACUACCAUCCGGAGCGGGCCAACCAACCCCAGCGUUCGGUGGCUGAUGAGCUCCGCAUCAGUGCCAAACUAUCCACAGUGAAAACUAUGAGCGAAGGCACCCUGGCCAAAUGUGGUACAGGGUUGUCUAGUGCCAAAAGUGAGAUAACCUCAGAAGUCAAGCGUGUGGCCCCUAAGCGCCAAUCAGAUCCCAGCAUCCGAUCGGUGGCUGUGGAACCUGAGGAAUGGCUGUCCAUUUCCCGUAAGCCUGAGGCCAGUUCUGUACCCUCACUUGUGACCGCCCUAAGUGUCCCCACAAUCCCACCUCCCAAAAGCCAUGCAGUGGGUGCACUCAACACUCGUUCGGCCAGUAGCCCAGUGCCAGGAUCCUCUCAUUUCCCCCACCAGAAGUCUUCACUGGAGCAUAUGGCCAGCAUGCAGUACCCCCCAAUCCUGGUUACCAACAGCCAUGGGACCCCUAUUAGUUAUGCCGAGCAAUACCCAAAGUAUGAGUCCUUGGGGGACCAUGGCUACUAUUCAAUGUUAGGUGACUUCUCCAAAAUGAACAUCAACAGCAUGCAUAAUCGAGAGUACUACAUGGCUGAAGCAGACUCGGGGAUGUAUGCCAGGAAUCCCAACCUCUGUCCAGACAGCCGUAUGAGCCAUACCAGGAAUGACAACUAUUCCUCUUACAACAACCUGUACUUGGCUGAUGCCCAUCCUGAGGGCAGUUUGAAGCUGCAUCGCUCAGCAUCUCAAAACCGUCUUCAGCCUUUUUCUCAUGGUUACCAUGAAGCCUUAAUGCGAGUGCAGAGCUAUGGCCCAGAGGAUUCUAAGCAAGCCCCCCACAAGCAGUCGGUCCCCCACUUGGUUCUGCAUGCCCAGCACCCAGCAACUGGAGCACGAUCUAGCUGUCCUGGAGACUACUCCAUGCCUCAUAAUAUCCAUCCUGGGGCAACCUCCCAGCCAGGACGUGCCCUGGUGAUGACUCGGAUGGACAGCAUUUCUGACUCACGCCUCUAUGAGAGCAACCCCAUGAGGCAAAGACGACCUCCUCUGUGCCGGGAACAACAUGCCAGCUGGGACCCACUGCCUUGUACAACUGACUCUUAUGGCUACCAUUCCUAUCCCUUGAGUAACAACCUCAUGCAGCCAUGCUAUGAACCAGUGAUGGUACGGAGCGUGCCUGAAAAGAUGGAGCAGCUUUGGAGGAAUCCUUGGGUUGGAAUGUGCAAUGAUUCCAGGGAGCAUAUGAUCCCAGAGCACCAGUAUCAGACCUACAAGAACCUCUGCAAUAUUUUCCCUUCCAACGUCGUUCUUGCAGUGAUGGAGAAGAAUCCUCAUACAGCAGAUGCCCAGCAGCUGGCAGCCUUGAUUGUUUCUAAGCUUAGGGCUGCACGUUGA